AUGGAUCACGACACAAUCUCAAUACGAUCUUUGAUAUUGCAAUUCUGGUUGCGAUCAUCGUGUUCGUGGUUGGUGGACAAAAGUAUCAUUGCAAAUAAAAUAAGGUGUGCAUCUAGAGCAACCGAAAGAGUUAUAUUGGAAAGCAAUCCAACCAUAGCUUGCCCUAAUUGUCAACAUGUUAUUGACAACAAUCAUGUAACACAAGAGUGGCCUGGAUUUCCGAUAGGUGUUAAAUUUGAUCCAUCUGAUCAAGAGAUAAUAUUGCAUUUACUUGCAAAAGUUGGCGAAGAAAACUUAAAAUCCCACCCUCUCAUCGAUGAAUUUAUCCCUACUAUUGACAUGGACGAGGGUAUCUGUUAUACUCAUCCUCGAUAUUUACCAGGUGCUGCACAAGACGGAAGUGCUUCGCACUAUUUCCAUAGAGCAGUAAAAGCUUAUAAUUCUGGCAGUCGAAAGCGUAGAAGAAUUAACGGUCAAGAUGAGUUAAGUUAUGUCCGCUGGCACAAGACCGGAAAGACUAAACCUAUUUUUUUGAACGGAGUUCAUAUAGGAAGUAAAAAGAUUAUGGUUCUCUAUUCUACUCAGGAGAGUAAAGAUUCGUCUGCGAAAACUAAUUGGAUUAUGCAUCAAUAUCAUCUUGGGACAAAAGAGAAUGAAAAGCAUGGAGAGUAUGUUGCAUCGAAAAUCUUUUUACAGAAGCCAGACCAUGUCAAACUGCGGGGCAAAGGUGAUCAGGCUGAUCGUCAAACUUCUGAAAAUGUGACUCCUGAACCUCAUUGGAUCAAAAAGCAACGCUUAGAUAUCGAUCAAGCACAAGGAUCUCAUCAUACUCGCGAGACUCCGCUAAACCUUCCUGAGUUAGAAAGUUUGUUAUUUGAUAGCGGGGAUGACAAUGAUGAGUUUGCGAAUAUAGAUCUGUCGAUGUUAGCAACUCCGGUUAAUGAAGGGAUAGAUAACAACAUUGACCUGUCACAGUAUCUAUUAGAUUCACAAGAAUUUGCAGAAGCAUUUCACUCGUUUAAGGAUUUGAUUCCAAGCAAGUCUUUGAAUAUGGAUGGAGAAAAUGGACAACAUAAUGGACAACAUAGUCUUCCUAUAUAUGCUCAUCAAGGACAAGACCAAUUGAAGAACAAUAUCCAAGAUUACCAAAACCUUGAUCUUGACAUUGCAAAGAAUACCAACAAUAUCGAAGAUUACCAAAAUCUUGACCUGGAUAUUAUUGCGAACAACAAUACCGAUGAUAACCAAAAUUUUGACCUUGACAUUGCAAUAAACAACUAUAUCAAAGAUUACCAAAAUCUUGACCUUGACAGUGCAAAGAAGAAUGAUAUCAAGGAUUACCAAAAUCUUGAACUUGACACACCAAGUACCGAUUUUCGAUUAAGUCAGCAGGACUUCGGUUCGCAGGAUAGCUAUAUUGCUUGGGAUGGUUACAAACCAAUCAACUAA